AUAGUUAGGGGCUGUAAUGCUAGAUAUCGCAGUAGAUUCCUAAAUAAAGAACCCAAAGCAAAGCACAGAGAGAGAGAGAGAGAGAGGGAGAGGGAGAGACAGUGCGAGAACGAGCUUUUCUCAGUCUCGUCGCCUUUGAAUCUUUCUGGAUCCGCCGCAACGCGUCAAGAAGUUGAGUUCCCGGAACAAGAAGAUGUGUUCGAGUGGGAAAUUGAUGGAUCGUUUGAAUCUUUGGUGCAUUUCUUGGUGCCGGCGGUUCUCAUCGUGAUGGGAGCCUUAUGGGGUCGAUAGGGUUGUUCGGUUGUGUCUUUGGAGUGGUUUGCUGCCGUGGAAGCCUGAAGGUUGAGUUUGGAGCUUGAUUUUGGAGGCGGGAUGCCGGCGGCGGGCGCGGUGGAUCACGGUAGGGCUGCUGCGACCGCCGAGAGGGACAUCGAGCAGGCUAUUACUGCACUUAAGAAAGGAGCACACUUGCUAAAAUAUGGGCGAAAAGGAAAACCCAAAUUUUGUCCAUUUAGAUUGUCCAAUGACGAGACUGUCCUAAUAUGGUUCUCUGGCAAAGAAGAGAAGCACCUCAAAUUAAGUCACGUGUCAAGAAUCAUGCCUGGACAGCGCACUGCAAUUUUUCAAAGAUAUCCACGACCUGAGAAGGAAUGCCAUUCAUUUUCUCUCAUAUAUGAUGAUGGGUCAUUAGAUCUUAUAUGCAAAGAUAAAGAUGAGGCUGAAGUCUGGUUUGCUGGUCUAAAGACAUUGAUAUCCCGUUAUCCCCAGCGAAGACGGAGAACAGAGACAAGAAGCAAUGGUGUAUCAUCGGGUACAAAUAGUCCAAAGACAUACACAUGUAGAAGUUCACCUUUAAGCUCCCCAUUUGACAGUGGAGAUGGAAUCCAAAAGCUUCGAAGUCCAUAUGGCAGCCCGCCAAAGAAUGGUUUGGACAAGGCAUUCUCUGAUGUUCUAUAUACAGUGCCUCCAAGAAGCUUCUUUGCGUCGGAUUCUGCUACGGUAUCAGUCCAUUCUCCGUCAUCAGGAUAUUCAGACAACAUAAAUAGCUAUACGAGGGGCAAUUCAUUGGAUGCAUUCAGGGUAAGCAUGUCGAGUGCCAUCAGUUCAUCCAGUCAAGGCUCUGGUCAUGACGACAGUGAUGCUCUUGGUGAUGUAUUCAUAUGGGGGGAAGGAACUGGAGAUGGAAUUUUGGGUGGUGGAAAUACUCGAGUUGGUUUCAGUUCAGGCGCUAAAAUGGAUUCUGUUUUACCAAAGGCUUUAGAAUCUACAACCAUACUUGACGUGCAGAAUGUAUCUUGUGGCAGAAGACAUGCCACGCUGGUAACCAAGCAAGGUGAGAUUUACACUUGGGGUGAGGAGUCAGGUGGUAUGCUUGGGCAUGGAGUAGAUGCUGAUGUCUUGCAACCAAAACUUGUAGAUUCUCUUGCAAAUGCGAAUGUUGAAUUUGUUGCCUGUGGUGAACAUCAUACUUGUGCUGUUACACUAUCUGGAGAGCUCUAUACUUGGGGUGAUGGAAUUUACAAUUAUGGGCUCCUUGGACAUGGAAAUCAAGUCAGUCAUUGGUUCCCUAAAAUGGUUACUGGACCAUUGGAGGGUAUGCGUGUCUCGUCAGUUUCUUGUGGACCUUGGCAUACAGCAGUAGUAACCUCUGGAGGGCAACUGUUCACUUAUGGAGAUGGAACUUUUGGUGUGCUAGGUCAUGGGGAUCGCAAAAGCAUUUCUAUACCUAAAGAAGUAGAAUCUCUUAAAGACCUCCGAACUGUGCGAGUAGCUUGUGGUAUUUGGCAUACAGCUGCGAUCGUAGAAGUUAUGUCUGGAAAUUCAUCGUCCAAUUUCUCUUCAGGUAAAUUAUUUACGUGGGGCGAUGGUGAUAAAGGACGUCUUGGCCAUGGAGACAAAGAAUCUAGACUUGUACCCACAUGUGUUUCUGACUUAAUUGAACCAAAUUUUUGUCAAGUUGCUUGUGGAAACAGCCUUACUGUAGCACUGACUACCUCUGGCCAUGUUUAUACAAUGGGCAGUACAGUUUAUGGUCAACUUGGAAAUUCCGUAGCAGAGGGAAAGUUACCUGUCCGUGUUGAAGGAAAAUUGCUUAAAAGUUUUGUGGAGGAAAUCUCAUGUGGUGAUUAUCAUGUGGCAGUCUUGACUUCAAGAACUGAAGUCUAUACCUGGGGUAAAGGAGCUAAUGGCCGACUAGGACAUGGUGAUACUGAUGACCGGAAUUCCCCUACCCUAGUUGAAGCUUUAAAAGAUAAACAGGUCAGAAGUGUCGUUUGUGGUGCUAGCUUUACUGCAGCAAUUUGUAUUCAUAAGUGGCUUUCUGGUGUUGAUCAGUCUAUAUGCUCAGGUUGCCGUUUGCCAUUCAACUUCAAAAGGAAACGACAUAACUGCUAUAAUUGUGCACUUGUCUUUUGCCAUUCUUGCAGUAGAAAGAAGUCUCUUAGGGCUUCUAUGGCACCGAAUCCUAAGAAACCACAUCGUGUGUGUGACCACUGCUAUAACAAACUAAGCAAGACCUUUGAAAUUGACUCUUCAUCUCAGUCUUUAGUUAACAGAAAAGGAAGUUCAACACAGGAUCUCACUGAAAUUAUUGAGGAGGAGAAGUUGGAUCCUGUAAAUGUGCAAGUUUCUAAAUUUUCACCGGUGACAUCCUUUAAACAAAUGGAAAGUAGAUCGUUCAAGAGAGACAAGAAAUUUGAUUUUAGUAGCAGUCGUGUAUCUCCAGUUCCAAACGGAAGCUCACAAUGGAGUGCCCUUAAUAUUUCAAAAUCCUUUAAUCCAGUAUUUGGAACAUCAAAAAAAUUCUUCUCAGCUUCUGUUCCUGGUUCAAGGAUUGUUUCUAGGACAUCAUCACCAACGUCCAGACGCCCCAGCCCUCCUCGUUCUACCACGCCAACACCAACACUUGGUGGGCUUAGUUCUUCAAAAUUCAUGAUCCAGGAAGAGAGAACCACAAACGAAAAACUUGGCCAAGAAGUUACCAGGUUAAGAGUUCAGGUGGAAAAUCUCAAUCGCAAGGCGCAACUCCAAGAAGUUGAGUUGGAAAGAACAGCUAAGCAAUUGAAAGAGGCAAUUGCAAUCGCAGGAGAGGAGACUGCAAAGUGCAAGGCAGCCAAAGAGGUUAUCAAGUCACUAACUACACAAUUAAAGGACAUGGCUGAGAGGUUACCAGUAGGAGCAGAAAAGAGCAGCAAAUGCCCUUCUUUGUCAUCGUUAAAUCAUACUUCUGCAACACCUGACAUGUCCGACUUUUCAGUGGCAAAUGUGGAGCAGUUAAGCAUUAGCAUAGCAUCCUAUGAGCUAGAUUCAAACGGUUCGUAUGGAAACAGAUAUGGUCCUAGUUCCACAAGCAAUUCUAAUAAAAUUGGUUCAGUAUCUGAAGUUGGGAAUGGAAGAGAGGAGAAAAUUUCCAACUCUACUCUUCCCUCCGAAUGGGUCCAACAACAUGAGCCUGGAGUGUAUAUUACUCUUACUUCUUUACCUGGAGGAAUGAAAGAUCUCAAGAGGGUUCGUUUCAGCCGGAAGAGAUUCAGCGAAAAGCAGGCAGAGCAAUGGUGGUCUGAGAACCGUGCCAGGGUAUAUGAGCAGUACAAUGUGCGCAUGGUGAACCGGUUCCCUGCAAAUGCCGGCAAUGAAGUGCCUACUUAGGAAGAAACCUCCUAAUACUAUUCGAAUUGGUUACUUCCACAUUAGUAGCUUUAGCCCUCAGUUUGUUUGGCUUUCAGCGACACGUAAAAGAUCGACGAGACUCUGUUAUACAAAGUAGGUUUAGCUGAUCAUUCUUUUUUUGACCCUAUUAUUCUUGUGUGGAAAGUGGAUGGCUUUUUAAACACAUGUAUAUUCUUUUUCACACUGCUUAAUAAUACCUUGUUUGUAAAUGCCAUAAGCAAUUGCAUCUCCUAUUGUGUUGCUCAA